GAGAGCCCUGGGUAUGUAAGGGAGAGCCUGCUCAUGCCUGAUCUGUGUACACACGUUCUGGGGAUAAAUGGAGGGUGACCACAUGAGAUCUGAGUCUGAGAUCCAUCUGUCUGAUCCCAUGGAAGAAAUAUCCUGAAUCUGGCCAGGCCUGAGUAGAACCCAGGACAGUGGGAGGCAGGCUUAGCGGACAGACAAGAGCCUCAGGAAGGAAUUCCCAAACCCUGGCAGCCUGACUGAUGCUGCUUCCACACCAGGUCUAAAUUUCCUGUUGCUGCUCCACAAAGAUGCUUUUCAUCUUGAACUUUCUCUUCUCCCCACUUUCAACACCAGUGGUGAUCAGCCUACUGACAGUUGGAAUCACCAUCUUCCUGUGGCUGAUUAACAAACCUCGGCCAGUCUGGCCUCUUCUGGAUCUGCAGAAACAGUCAGUGGGAGUUCAGGGAGGAGCGCGGCGUGGUGCUAUGCAACGCAGUGAUGACUUCAUCGACUAUUACUUUUCUGAUGCCAAAACAGUGUAUGAAGUUUUCCAGCGAGGACUCCGUGUGUCUGACAAUGGACCCUGCUUGGGAUCCAGAAAAGCAAAUCAACCAUACAGGUGGCUCUCUUACAAACAGGUAUCUGACAGAGCAGAGUACCUGGGAUCCUGUCUUCUGCACAAAGGAUACAAACCAUCACCAGACCAGUUUGUUGGUAUCUUUGCUCAGAACAGACCAGAGUGGAUCAUUGCAGAACUUGCCUGCUACACCUACUCAAUGGUGGCUGUCCCCCUCUAUGAUACCCUGGGGCCUGAAGCCAUAGUGUACAUUGUUAACAAAGCGGAGAUUGCCACAGUGGUCUGUGACACACCCAAGAAAGCAAAUAUUCUACUGGAGAAUGUUGAGAAGGGCCUUACCUUAGGGUUGAAGAUGAUAAUCCUCAUGGACGCCUUUGAAGAUAGCCUUAAGGAAAGAGGAGAGAAGCUUGGAAUUGAAAUCUUAUCACUAUAUGAUACAGAGAUUCUGGGCAAAGAGAAUUUCAAAAAACCUGUGCCUCCCAAACCUGAGGACCUCAGCAUUAUAUGUUUCACCAGUGGGACAACAGGUGAUCCCAAAGGAGCCAUGCUGACACACCGGAAUGUUGUUGCAAAUUCUGCAGCUUUUCUCAGAAGUGUUGAGAAUGUUUUUGUACCCACAUGUGAAGAUGUGACAAUAUCAUACCUUCCUCUGGCUCAUAUGUUUGAAAGAGUUGUACAGGCUGUUAUUUAUACCUGUGGUGCCAGAGUGGGAUUCUUCCAAGGAGAUAUCCGGCUCUUGACCGAUGACAUGAAAACCCUACAGCCAACUGUGUUCCCCGUGGUUCCCCGGCUUCUCAACAGGGUCUAUGAUAAGGUACAUAGUGAAGCCAAGACACCAUUCAAGAAGUUUUUGUUGAAUCUGGCCAUCUCUAGGAAAUUCAGUGAAGUAAAGCAAGGCAUUGUCCGGCAAGAUAGCAUCUGGGAUAUACUCAUAUUUAAAAAAAUCCAGGCAACUUUAGGUGGGAAGGUACGCUUAAUGGUAACUGGAGCUGCACCUAUCUCCUCCCCAGUCUUGGAAUUCCUCCGAGCUGCACUUGGCUGUCCGGUGUAUGAGGCUUAUGGUCAGACUGAGUGCACUGCUGGCUGCACAUUUUCAUCGCCUGGGGACUGGACAACAGGUCAUGUUGGGGCUCCUUUAGUCUGUAAUGAAGUGAAGCUUGAAGAUGUCGUAGACAUGAACUACUUCUCAGUGAAUGGGGAAGGAGAGGUUUGCAUCAGAGGCACCAAUGUGUUCAAAGGCUACCUGAAGGAUCCCGAGAAAACAGCUGAAGCUCUUGACAAAGAUGGUUGGCUUCACACAGGAGACAUCGGCCGUUGGUUACCAAAUGGAACCCUGAAGAUCAUUGACCGGAAGAAGAACAUCUUUAAACUGGCCCAAGGAGAAUACAUUGCCCCAGAGAAGAUAGAAAAUGUGUAUAUCAGGAGUGGUCCAGUAUCCCAAGUUUUUGUACAUGGAGAUAGUUUACGGUCAUCCUUAGUGGGUGUGAUUGUUCCUGACCCAGAUGUAUUUCGUAAGUUUGCAGCAAAACUUGGGGUCCAGGGUUCCUAUGAGGAGCUCUGCCUAAAUGAGCUUGUAAAGAAGACCAUUUUGGAAGACAUGCUGAAAAUUGGCAGAGAGAGUGGCCUCAAGUCCUUUGAACAAGUCAAAAAUAUUUACAUUCACCCAGAAGCAUUCUCUAUUGAAAAUGGACUCUUGACACCCACACUGAAGGCAAAGCGGGCAGAGCUUGCCAAAUACUUUCGGAGCCAAAUUGAUAACCUAUAUGAAACUGUCAAAGAAUAGCUUGAGGUACUUCUGGCUGAAGGGAUCACUGAGGCAGUCUGACUGCUCAUUCACUGUGCUGCCUUCUGUGGGGUGGAUGAAAAACUAGGUGCUUUUUUUGGAUGACUUUACCCAUCCAACAAUGAAAAUCUGAUGAUCUCCUUUUCAGUGAAGAGGAAAGACUCCUCAUCUGGGAUUUUGACCUUUCCUCAAAUUAUGCUGCUAUUGUGGGUGUAUUUAAUAACUUCAUAGGCAUGCCUUCAAGGGCUGAGCCCCACUUCCAAGCUUUCUGGUUUAUUAACUCACUGACAAUCUGUGACAGGCAGAAAGGCCCACUGGUGUGACUUCAUUAUAUACUCUUCUUGUUCCUUCAGGUAAUUCUAACUGAAUAAUAGCUCUAACAAUUAGGUGCUCUGCUGUAACACUACAAGUGCCUUUUCACCUAUGGAAAUUUAGCUGCUUGGUCACUAAAACCAUUGAAGUUAAAAUGUUUAAAACCAACAGUGACCAUAGACUUCUCUAAGAUACUGCUAUCAGAAUGGUAGAUUUUCAUUUCUGACUAGCUGCGUAUCAAGAGAAGUACACUUUUGUAUCAACUCUGUUUUUUGGAUCAGUUUCUGGUUAAACACAGGCCACAGUUGUGUCUGAUGAUUAAAGCAGUGGGGGAACAAGUAUUCUCCAACAAUGUCUUGCCCAUGAAAUACUGAUUCUCAUAGAGACACUCACUUCAAAACGUUGUCCUCUAUGUUGCUUUACUGUAGUAGCCUGUGACUACAUCUCCUUGCAGUGUGUUGCUGACCUGGAAGCCACAAAGGAAAAAAAGUACUCUUCCAGUAAAUCAAGCAAAUGGUAGGUAGAAACCAGUCAAAGUAGGAAUGAAGACCCACUGGCAAGUCAGAUGCUACCACACUGUAGACCCAGAAGAAAUAGUACCCCACAAAGGAAAUGGUCUUUCAUCCUUUAUGCAUCUCAGCUACCAUCCCACCAACCCAAUUCCCCAGAGAUUAUAUAUGCUAAUUCUCCUAGUAAAUGUAAACCUUUUACAAUAAAAUAUUGCAAAUGUUUAAUGGUU